UGUGGUAUGCUGGAGUGUCGUAUCAAGGGAUGUUGCUCCGUUAUGAAAUCCCGACUAUAGGUUGUUGGAGAGUUUUAUUUACAGACCAAAUGCAAAAUUAUAUGGGAUUAGAUGAGAGGGAACCACUGCAGUGAAAGGUCAUGGAUUCCCCUAUCCUUCUUCUCCUAGCCCUCCUGGUCGCCCUGGUCCAAUGUUUUCCUGAUGACUACCACAGUCACAACAGCACCCGUCACCAUGACUACUGUGUGCUUGGUGCCGGGCCUGCUGGCCUUCAGAUGGGUCACUUUCUCUCCAAGAGUCAGAGAGAUUACAUCAUCUUGGAGAGGAACUCGGGGCCAGGGAGCUUCUUCAAUAUAUACCCUCGACACAGGAAACUCAUCAGCAUCAACAAGAUCUACACAGGAAGGCGGAACCGCGAGUUCAACCUUCGUCACGAUUGGAACUCCCUCCUGAGUGACAGGCCCGACCUGCUGCUUCAGCGAGUCAGCCGGGAGCUCUACCCAGACGCAGACUCAUUCCCCCGCUACCUCUCCAUGUAUGUGAAGGAGCUGGGGCUGAAGGUCCAGUAUGGGGUGGACAUCGGGAAGAUCAGGGCCUCGGAGUCUGAAUCACCUAGAGGCAGGGGAUACAUACUGACUGACCAGCGUGGACUGGACUAUACAUGCAGAGUCCUCCUGGUGUCCACAGGACUGUGGGAUCCUCAGAAGGUCCAGUUUGAGGGCUCAGACCUGGUGGAGGGCUAUGAGUCCAUCCCUGUGGACCCAGAGGAGUAUAAGGACCAGGCCGUGCUGAUCCUGGGUAAGGGGAACUCAGCAUUUGAAACAGCUCAGAGCAUCCUGGGUCGGGCCAGCCGGAUCCAUCUCUACAGCCCGAGCCCGGUCCGCCUAGCCUGGCAGACACACUACGUCGGAGACCUCAGAGCUGUGAACAAUGAGCUGCUAGACACAUACCAGCUAAAGUCCCUUGAUGGGCUGGUGGAGGGAGGCCUUGAGGACAUUGCUAUCGUCAGAAAUGGAGAGGAUGAAAAGAAGCGCUCAGGCAGAAAGAAGAAGUGCAGAUCCAGUGGGAAGGAAAAGCGUGGCAAGCUGUUCCUUACUCUAUCUGAGCUUCUGGACAGUUCGGAUGGGAAGAACAGUUCAAAGGUCACAGCGACAAACCUGCCUGUGUACCACAAUGACAACUUCUCUCUCCGCCAGCCAUAUGAUCGUGUGAUCCGCUGCCUGGGGUUCCGGUUCAACUUCAGCAUCUUUGAUGGCUCUGCCCGCCCACCAAGCAGUGAGGGUGCCAGGGGGCGGUUGCCAGGGGUGACAGCCUGGUACGAGGGGCGGGGAACCCCAGACCUUUUUGUUCUGGGGACGGCUGCCCACUCAAGAGACUAUCGCUCUUCUGCAGGGGGGUUCGUCCAUGGCUUCCGAUACACAGUGCGUGCUGUACAUAGAGUCCUUGAGCUGCGUUACCAUAGCAACUCCUGGCCAUCAAUCAAACUGUCAAUCAGUCAGCUGCAGUCCUGGCUGUUGAGGAGGGUCAAUGAGGCCUCCGGACCAUACCAAAUGUUUGGGGUACUUGGAGACAUCAUUUUACUAAGAGGCUCUCACUGUGAGUACCUGGAGGAGUUUCCCCUCCAGGCCCUGCCCCAGUUCUCUUCUCUGUCUGGCCACCAGCUCUCCAAGCAUGGGCUGCUGGUUCUGGUUUUACAGUACGGGCUGAACCGCACAGACUCACUGGGCCCUGGCAGGGCAGAGUCAGAGUGGACCCGUGCCUGGAGGUCCAACUUCCUCCACCCUGUUCUAUAUUACUACGACAAACUUCCCACUGCAGAGAGGGACAUGAGACACCGUCCUGUUGGCUGGCCACUGCCACGGCCCAAGGCAGUGCAUCACAUGAUCGAGGACUUCUUGACUGAGUGGGAUGGGCCCAUCUCCCACAGCCAGCCACUGCGGCGCUUCCUGGAACACUGUCUCCACACUGACCUCAGGGCCUUCUAUGCAGAGUCAUGUUUCCGCUUAUCCCUUACCAAUCGAAAGCCACCCCUGUUUUGUCGUCAGGGAUACCUGAGGAAGCAUGGGGUUGUUAGGAAUCGUCAGCUGUGGCAGCAUGCCCAUGAAGCUGGGCUAACGCUUGGAGGACAGGACUCUGCAUCCCCAGACACAGACCCAGCGUUCCCUAAUUACCUUACACGAGCUGGAGCCUCAGUGUCCUCUGCAAUAAACCUCGACUUCUGAUUGUUUACCCAAGGAUCCCAAAACUAAGCCUAUGACAGUUUUGAUGUCCCAAGACAUUCUCUACCUCUCAUUAUAAUGUCCAUGAAUAUAUACAGUAUAUACAGAGUCUACAAAACAUUAAGAACACCUUCCUAAUAUUGAGUUGC